CCUCACAGCUCAGCUCACACUUGUCACCCGCAUCGCGCCGCUCCAGCUCGCGUCAUCAGCUAGCUAGCUAGCCAUGGAGUCCUCCGAGGCCGCUGCGCCGCCCGCCGGCGAUCCCGCGCCGCACGUGGUGGACGAGUGCCGGAGCGUGCUGUUCGUGUACAGCGACGGCACCGUGGUGCGGCGCGCGGCGCCGGGGUUCGCCACGCCCGUGCGCGACGACGGGUCCGUGGAGUGGAAGGACGCGACGUUCGACGCGGCGCGCGGGCUGGGGCUCCGGCUCUACCGGCCCCGGGACUGGGGGCGCAGGCUGCCGGUGUUCUUCUACUACCACGGCGGCGGGUUCUGCAUCGGCUCCCGCGCCUGGCCCAACUGCCAGAACUACUGCCUCCGCCUCGCCGCGGACCUCGGCGCGCUCGUCGUGGCCCCGGACUACCGCCUCGCGCCGGAGCACCGCCUCCCCGCGGCCAUUGACGACGGCGCGGCCGCGGUCCUGUGGCUCGCCGCGCAGGCGCGGGGCGGCGGCGGGGACCCGUGGGUCGCCCAGUCCGCGGACCUCGCCCGCGUGUUCGUCUCGGGCGACUCCGCCGGCGGCAACAUCGCGCACCACCUCGCCGUGCGGUUCGGCUCCCCGGCCGGGCGCGAGGAGCUCGCGCCCGCCGCCGUCCGCGGCUACGUCCAGCUCAUGCCCUUCUUCGGCGGCACCGAGCGCACGCGGUCGGAGGCCGAGUGCCCCGACGACGCGUUCCUCAACCGGCCCCUCAACGACCGGUACUGGCGCCUGUCGCUGCCGGAGGGCGCCACGCCGGAACACCCCGUCGCGAACCCGUUCGGGCCCGGCGCUCCGGCGCUGGAGGCCGUGGAGAUCGCGCCGACGAUGGUCGUCGUCGGGGGCCGCGACAUCCUCCACGACCGCGCCGUCGACUACGCGGCGAGGCUCAAGGCCAUGGGCAAGGCCGUGGAGGUACGGGACUUCGAGGGGCAGCAGCACGGCUUCUUCACCAUCGACCCCUGGUCCGACGCCUCCGCUGAGCUCAUGCGCGUCAUCAAGCGCUUCGUCGACUCGGACGGCCGGUUCGAUUGAACCCAAAUCCUAGCCGCGUGUUCAUACCGGUUCAGGACUCGACGGACCAGAAUUAUUGGGACAACCAUUUCCCGGGUUUAAGGUGCGAGAGUCACUAGAGUCAAUGAGGCCUUGAACACCGGUUGCUCCUUUCAUAAAUGCACUUAAGUGCACUUUGUGUCUUACUGUCUUAGUGUGAACUCGGCUCCGCUAGUGUACUAAUUAUGUUUCAUUUUCUUUAUUAAUAUUAAUACAAAUAUACGUAGCUAUCUUGCGUAUUCGAGAAAAAUAUACUCCAAAUUUAUAAUUUAA